AUUAUUGAAUCAUAUAGUUGGCACGUAUUAAUCAUUUAGUAUACAUUUUUUUUUACGUACGAAAUUUAAUUACACGUUUAGUUGCAAUUAAAAUGUCUCAGUGGAAGUUACUUAUUCUGUUAUCCCUUUUAACUAUAAGUAAAUGUGUAGAAGUUCCAUCAUUUCUCAAGAUAUGUCAUCGCAGUGACUUGCAUUUGAAUGAAUGCGUAAAACAUAGUGUAGAAGCUAUCAAACCACGCUUACGAGUUGGAAUUAAAGAACUGAAUAUUCCAUCAUGUGAACCAUUAAAGAUUUCAAAAAUAAAUAUAAGUCAAUCAGCAGCGACUAUUGCUGUUAAAUUUGUUUGCACAAAUAUUUUAAUCAACGGAGGAACUCAUUUUGUGCUAAAAAAAGUCAACAUUGAUUUCGAUAAAAAUCAAAUUCAAUUAAAAAUUUUUUUUCCUCGACUGUCGAUGACUUCGGACUAUGACAUAAAUGGAAGAAUUAUGAUGAUACCAAUUAGAGGACAAGGUCAAUGUCAAGGAAAUUUCAGUGAAAUAAAUGCUGAUAUAAUGAUUCAGGGUGAACGUUAUGAAAAUAAUAUAGAUAAAAAAAUAUAUUUUAAAAUAAAAGAUGUAUUGACUGAUUUUGAUGUCGGGCAUGCUAAUAUGAAUUUAGAUAAUUCGUUUAAUCGUGAUAAAACAUUGGCAUUAGGAAUGAAUACGUUUUUAAGAGACAAUUGGAAAACUGUUGCUGUGGAUAUGAAACCAGCAAUUGGAAAUAAUAUUGCUGAUUUAGUAAAAAAAUAUUCAGAAGAAAUAUUUUCUAAAUAUCCAUUAGAUUUACUUUUACCACUAUAAUUUUAAAUAGUUUAUAUGUUUGAUUAUAAAAUAUUAUUUAGUAAUAUUAAAUACCCGUAAGUUGAUAAAUAUUCUAUAUUUAUUUAUCUAUAUAAAUAUUCUAUAAAAUAUUCUAAUAAUUGAAUGUUAAUAAAAAUUUAACACCAUAGUCCUUUUAAAUUAUUGUUAAUAAUAUUUUUUAAGUAAGGAUCUUUGAUGAAUGUCAUACUAUCACGCUGAGAAUAAAAUUUUUCAAAAAGCAAUA